UGCGUUUAAAUGCCCAUUCAAGUACUCUUUUCACGGUUAAAAGAAACCACCGACUUCAAUGCUGUCAUUAAAAUUUCGCCGCUAUUAAUUGAAUAACAAUAAUCGUAUCAUCAUCACUGUAAAACACACACACACACACACACACACAAACCCUCCUGCACCAUCAUCCCCCAGAUCCUCUCAAUGUCGUCGAACCCCACCACCGCUUACACCUCCAUCCCCACCACCCACCCUAAUCUCAUCUCACGCGCCCACUCCAUGAUCUCCACGCGCCGCCCCUGGCGCCAGUUUUUUGACCCAUCAGCCCUAACUCUCCCCCACAACUACACCGAAGCAAUGAACGGACUCAGACGAAAUGUCAACUACUUUCGAGUCAAUUACACUCUGGUAAUGCUAAUUAUACUGUUCUUAAGCCUCAUCUAUCACCCUCUUUCCAUGAUUGUCUUCUUGGUUGUGUUUGUGGCUUGGUUGUUUCUGUUUUUCCUUAGAGACGAUUCGAUUAUGUUGAUGGGUCGGAGCUUAGACGAUCGGGUUGUGCUUGCUGGGUUGAGUUUGGUUACUGUUGUUGCUUUGGUGUUCACUGAUGUUGGGACUAAUGUUUUGGUUAGUUUGUGUGUUGGGGUGGUGGUUGUUGGUUUACAUGGGGUGUUUAGGGGUACUGAUGAUUUGUUUUUGAGUCAAGAAGAGGCUGCUCAAGGCGGAUUGGUUUCGGUUGUUAGUGGGGAAGGAUUGCCUUCGACUUACCCUAUUCGUUGAUUUGUUACCAAUUGUCGUCUAAUGGCAGAAGUUAGGGCUUGUUUAAGUUAGUUUAUUUCAGUACCUUUUAGGCGUUGCUCUUUUUGCUGUGCUGGUCAAUGGGGUGAGUUGCGAUCUGUGUUUAAAGUCAUUUUCGAUUAUGAUGGAUAUUAUCUGGAAAAUGGUGCUUUAGGUUGCUGCUGGUUUGUGUAACUUGGAUCAAUUGAUAAACUCAGGGUUUCUUUGAGUUAGUUCCGAGACUCUUUUUCGGUUCUAUUGGUGCACUAGUCACUAGUAGUAGUAAGAGAGUGAGUCACAAGCUAAGGCUGAGGUCAUUUUAUGGUUGGUAUUAUCUGCAAAAGGCCGCCUUUAGCUGCUACUGGUUUGCUCAGCUCGGAAUUGUUGAGGUUUUAGUUGUCAUGCUGUAGUUGGUUAGGCGUGUCUCUUGAAUUUGUUCUCCAGCAUUGGAUAAGUGGAUGGUUAGGAUAUCCGUUUUGACAUUUUUACGAUAUUAGAUAUUUGCCUGUUCCUGUACGUCUUUUUCUGAAGAGGUAAGUUACUGCCGCAAAGUAAGCCUGCUUAUUUUGUUGGCUUCGAAGGGUUUAUCACAUUUCCUGUGUCAGUGGCGGGCAUGAUCGUCAUGUUCUAGUUUCAGUAUCUUUCAUUGUAUAUUUAGCUUAUUUCCAUGUACGUUGUCAUACUCGGAUGUUACUGACACCUUAUAGCACGGCUUUAUCUUCAAAAUUGUAAUUACAACAUUAUUUUGCAAGGGAAUCUAAGUUAAGUAGCUAAAUGAUAUAAUUUCUUUUAUGGAUGAUUUAUUCACUAUUGCUAGAUACAUAAAUUGAUAAGUACAUGCAUUUGAAAUGUUUUGGUUCAUUUCUUUGUGCAAUUAAGAUGACAUAAUAAUGAAUGCGAACCACAACACAUAUAUUGGUCACAAAAUUGUGCAGUAUCUCCGAAAUCAAUAUUCUUUGCAUCUUUAUCAUAUAUAUGGGAGAUUGGAAUAGGAGGGUUGUAGAAGGGUAUUGGCUUUAUUAUUGCUUGUAAAAUUAGGUGACAUUUGUUGUUGUUGCAUGCUUAUAAAUCUCACAAUCGCUGUACCAUGCUUGAUCUUGUUUCUUUAUCUCUGUAACGUUUUAUGGCUGUUGCUUGUCAUUAAACUAUUUAAGUUAAUCAUGUUCAAGGAGGAACUUUUAACUUCACUACCGUCCAUGUACGAUCCAUGCUGGAUCUGACCAACUGCCCAUCCUACCUCCUCUACGUUCUUGACAGCCCAUCUUUGUCUCAGUAGAGUCUUUCAGUGGCAUGUUUCGGUCCUCUUC